AUGUGUCACAAGUGGAGCCUGAAGCUCAUGGUCUGCGGGCAUAUCGACAUCGACAACCAAGUACUGUAUUGUGCAAACUACAGUCCUCUCUACAGCAGCUGCCUGGUACGGGAACAUGGCGCCGACACCGUCAGACCAUACACUGAGGGAGACGGUACAGAGCUCGACCAGAGCGCACGAGCACAGCUCGAUAUCACGAGAACGUUUCUCUUCUCGUUAGAGUCUGUGGAGACCCCGGAUCUUUGCAACAUCCAGGACAAGCUGAUCUUUGAAUACAUCCGCACGGGCGUCGUGUUGGAUGUGAUCCCGAUGUUGCAAGAACUCCAUUGCGACCUCUCAGAACUUGUCAACCAGGCAAAUAUCGAGAAUUCGAGCGCGUGGGCGGAAGAAAUAUCCUUCACUCCCAUGACCGAAUAUGAAGUUCCGAUGUUGAGACAGACAGGCUCUCCGCAGUGGGGAGAGGCGUUGCAGGUGCCUCAUCCCACGCCCGUUCCGCUCUCAGAGCAAAACAUCAGCUACAACAGCGGUAACUAUAUGUCUCCUCCAACCCCGACGUUGGAGCAAUGGACCCCAGAGCUGCCGAUGAGUGUCAUGGGAGACAUCGAGUCUUUUUCGGACGAACUAGGUGGUGAACAACAGAGGAAAAAAGAAACUUAAGAAGGAUGUAUAGGUAGGUCUUUGUUUUUCGCAACAUGAGCCUUUUAUACUUUUUCUCCCUCUGCGGAGCGUUCCCACUUGCGAAGUCCAUCUCACCUUGUUCACGAGGGCAUUUCAAACGGCAGCAGGCUUCGUCGAUGUGUAUCGCUUCGGUUUGGGUUAGGGGCAUCAAAAGAGGGGGGAGUAAUAGGGAAGUACCUAUACUUAUUUGAUAUAACUACAAUCUCAUUGCGAAGUGAUCGUAUAUUUUGAAUUCUAG